AUGUGGUUCGAGCAGGUCUACUCGGGCGGCAUCACGUUGGCGUUCGUCGCCGCAGCCUGCUAUCUCUCCUACCCGUUCAACAAAUGGGACGUGGGCCGCGCAUACCGAAGGAAUUAUGGUACCAAUCAACGGGUGGCCCUGACGAAACGCGACCACCGAUUGACGGGCAAUCAAUACGUCAUCGCCGACUUGGAUUCGAUUAAAGGA